CGAGAAAUUCUCAUUGGAAAUGUAAUUGACUGCUUCGAGUCGUACAUUUUCGGUAAAGUCCGGCCCGAUUCCAGGGGUCGCUUUAUGUAAAUUUCCAGGAAACCCAAGGCUCGUCCCGUAUGCGAGCAAAUGGCUGUAUUUCUGGUGAACAACUGUAAAUUUACGGGCUGUGGAUUGACUUUCCCAACUCUGGGGGAUUUGAUACAACACAUAGAGGACACGCACAUUGAUACUGAUCCACGUGUCCUGGAGAAACAAGAAAUUCAGCAACCAGCAGCCUUGUCCCUUAGUUACAUUCUAAGGUUUUUCACAGAUGCUGCCCGGAAAGAACAUGCAGAGCUUAAGCGUAAACAGGUGACAUUAAGGACUCAGUCCCCUGCUUUGUCAGUACGAAGUGUAACUCCUACAGGCAGUGAGUUUGAUGAUGAGGACAUGGUGAGUGAUGAUGACAGUGAUGAUUCGUGGACCACACAAGAAGAGUUUCCUACAGAAUUCAUCUUACGCUACAGCAGCACAAACGUGGGAAAUUGUAAAGAUGGAGACGUGGACAAACCAUUUGCCUGCCCAGUUCCUGGAUGUAAGAAGAGAUACAAAAAUGUCAAUGGUAUAAAGUACCAUGCACGUAAUGGACACAGGAAAGAAUCAAAAGUCAAAAAGGCCUUUAAGUGUGCAUGUGGGAAGAGUUACAAGACCCAGCAAGGCUUACGUAAUCACAGUGUUAGCCAUCACCCAGCCACAGAGUUGCUGACCCUCCAUGCUCAACACAACCAGACCCUCACCCUCACCAAACCACUGACCCUGCCUUCUCCACUGGUCAGCUCAGGUCUUACCCUGCCCAGCACUACGUCAAGUGUGCUGUCUGCAGCCAUUGCCCAGCAAGCCUUAGUCCCACUUGGAGCCAGCCUCACUCCACCUGUCACUCCAGUCCCUGGCCCCACGAAGUUAACUGGCCCAAGCCCCACAGGCCCACCAGUCACUACAACUAAGUCACCUACAGUUACUGUGGCCUCCGUUACAGCUGCAUCUCAGCUUGCCCACCUGGCGGAGUCGUCAGCCCACCUGGCCAAGACAAGACCGCAAACCGUUACUCUGGUGGGUGCCGAGCAAAGCUGAAGGGUUCCCCAUCCUCCACUGUGUGCCUCAGGGGAGAUGCAAGGCCUCACCCAAACAAACGGUCCAUAAUACAGAUGUCUUCAAUUUAAAGAGACCAUUCUAUUUACAGAUUGUUAUUUUCAAAGUUUGAUCUCCGAUAGCAAUACUCUUGUCCAAGCAUUAAUGCAUGUGUGCAGUCAAGUGAUGUAGGAUAGAAAGCUAGGAUAUUCGUGCAGAGGUGAAUGCUUAUCCUACCAUUACAGGUGAACGAGUCAUGCUGGCCUCUGAUAAGAAGCCUUAUAGUAACCAUAUUAAAGUUUUACCUUUCCUAUUUCUGUAUCACCAUGUAUAUUCUGUAUGAUAGUCAAAAUCUGAACUAACAUGUACUAUGUUUGACAUACAUCUAUAAAUCAUGACGAACUUUUGAAUCUCAGUCAUUAAUACUCACAUAUUUUUAUCAAAAAGCAUGACUGUUUGUACUUUUCUAUAUAACAUUUCUUAUGGUUUCCUUCUAGAGAUUUUACAAGAAUCUCAAGUCAGUGACACAAUAUUGGAUCUUUCAAGACAUUUUAUCUCAUUGAUAUUCAAAUCAAGUUGAUAUAAGUGUUUGCUGUCUUGGCAGUGUGUGACAGUUCGAUGGCUGUAAAAGGUAUCAUCAGUUAUCUAUUUCAUACUGCUUCUUAACAGAAGUAAAAUACACUGUUCUAACAGUUUCUUUGAACUGUUAUCUUGUCUGCUUUUUCUUUGUACACUUAUAAUAUUGGUAGGCUGUGAUUUUUACGAAAUAACCAUCUUUGUCUUUAUAUUCUAAACUUGUAGUAUAUAACUGUGAGUGUAAAUCUCUACUAUUGUUUGGGCUGAUAUAUCAUCUUGGAACUUAUUCCAGUGUCUAUUUUGUUGAAUACGUCCAUAUGUUUGGAUCACUUUUUGUAGCUGUUGUUUUUUUACACAUCUGUGCAGUGUCUCUGUACAUGAAUGGUCACUAAUGCUGUAUGAUUGUGUUUUAUUUUGUACCCAUAGAUCUCAUCCGACAUGUUAUUGCAAUGUUUGAUAGACAAAACAGUGAUGUGUAAAUUAGUGUUGGAAACACUUAAGUCAUACAACCAAAGUAACGUUUGUUAAUUUCACAGUCUUUAAUUUCCAGUUUAUUCCAUCAUCGACUGUUUAUUUCACUGGAUUUUCUUCUGUAGUAAGUAUAAAUUAAUUAAUGAAGGACAUAUCCAUGAAGACAACAAUUAGCUUUAAAAAGUAGAAGCAGGACUUAAGUUGGUUGAUGUCUUUUAAUCGAGAUUUAUCAUCUUGAUAAAGAGGUUGGGCGUUAAUUACUAUUUGUUUGUGUGCGUGCAUGGUUUUUGAUGGGUUUGCUGUUGUGUUAAUCACUGCGCCCAACAUCAACAUCUUCCAUGUGUUUUGUGCAUAUGUAUAUAUGGUAGUGUGUAGAGUGAGAUUGAAUGUCUUCCAGCAUUGUGCGUGUGAUAAAGAUGAGCCCACCCUGUAAGUUUGUAACUUCUGAUUGGUGUGAUUUGCAUAGACAGAAGAGUCAUGCUAUGAUCCAAUUUGAUGAUGUCUUUCAAGAAAAUACCAUAAAUUAGUCCCAUUUUGGGAUUCUGGGGGAACCCGCUUUUCAGGUCUAGUGUACAGAUCAGAUGAUGUCAGAUGCUAAUCAGGGUGCACCUUGUGUGACCAUUAAAAAAAAUUUGCAUUGAUUAGUGCACGCAGUAGUUCAAGUCAUUGUUCUUCCCAGUUUUGUUGGAGGAUAUUAUUUGUUGUAUUCGUUAUAUUUUUAUCUAGUCAAAAUACACAAUCUGUUGUGUUCCAUCUGUGAAAUCACAGAAAAACGAGCAUCCGAACCCUGAUUUGUAUUAGUUUCAAACUGCCAAUUCUAUAUUUGUACAUGUUUGCACAAUAUUACUUUAAAUGCUUAAUCAUGCAGUUAAAUUAUGUUCAUAGGGAUGGGGUAAUUUAUUCUAGUGAGCAUGUUUUAUGUUUCAGAUGAAAUGUUAUGGAUUUUUGUCAGUGCUUUAUGGGUGUCAAAGCUAAAUUAGAUAAUCCCAAAAAAUUCAUUUCACGAAGAAGAGUGGAUCAGAGUUUUAAGAAUUAGAACAAAAACAGAAACGAAAAAUAAUGAACAUUAAUGUUUAUUUCUGUGUACAUUUUGUCAUGUAACUUUGUAUGUUUUGCUUUUGCAAGUCGAUGGUAAAUGAAGUCAUGUACAUGUGUUAUAGUUCAUGUUGCUUAUGAUUGGUUGAAUCUUGGAUGUAAAUCGUGUAUUAACCUGAUGUGGCAUAAGGGAAUAAAGUCAUCACGUGAGAAGAGUAAGCCAAAUUACCAGGCUGCCUGAAUAUAAUUAUUGGUCAGCAGGUGCAAACACCAGUAGCGCUAUAUUUCACAGUUUUCAUAAACAAAAAAUGCCUUUUCUGAGCUUUUCAGAAAGCUUUUCAAAACGUGAACGUUCGUGUUCUGUUAUUACAUGUUAAAGUAUUACGAUUACAGCUGAGUACAAGUGAGAACUGUGACUUUUGCAUGCUCUCUUUGACCUAUAUGCUUGUUAAAAGUGUUUUACCUGCAUUACUCAUUAUUCUGUUGAAGCACUGCAUGUAUGUAGAAUAAGCUUUUUUCAACCCACCUUAGUUAAUUAAGUUAUUUGUACAUACCUAUAGUUUGUAUCGUAAUAUUUAUGCCGUGGCCUAAAUGUUGGGUCGUUCAGUUGUUAUAGGCCCCUAGAGGGUUGGUACUUAAACUACACGGCACAAAUAAUCCCCCGUGUUGUUUCAGAUAAUA